AUGGCAUCGGACGCUGCAUUCGAUCCCGACCUCUUGAGCAUCGAGGUCGAGGCCAUCAUGUCGCCGAGGUCCGAGUCGUCAGCUGACUCGGGUUGGACCACCGACGACGACGGCGACGGCGACGGCGACGAGAGCCCCUGCGUCGACGAAGUGGCCAAAAGAAUCUACUGCGUGAUCUGCGGAGGUUCGUCGAGCGACGCAUGCCUCGCGGCCGACGAAAGCAACGUUGACGACAUCGCCUGGAUGUCAGAGUGGCGCGCCCUGAUCAAGACGCACGAGUCAUUGAACUUUGACGCGACUUCAAAGGGCAGGACCCUGCAAAGCAGGCAGCUUUCUGAGGCCUAUCGAACCAUCGCUGUGGGAUACUCCCGCUGGGUCGUCAACACACUGUACCGUCUUCAGCCUGACACGCCGUUGAUCCGCGCCGUCCAUGCGAGCUGCUACGACAUCGUCGCCGGCUGCAUCAAUGGCUGCAGCAUCAUGCUGAGGCUGGCGAGCGUCGACACGCUGGCGCAGAUCUAUGACCUGGCGCCCGAGGAUGUGUCGAGCGACGCGGACGCCGUCCAGGGCCGUCUCGGCUGUUGCGAGAUGCGCUGGUCCGACGACUGGACCCCACAGGACAUCGAUCGCAGGCACUAUGCAGGCGACCCGCAGUUCAUCUCGCUCCAGACGGCCCUCGCCUUGGUCGACGACGAGAGCUACUGUGCCAAGGAUCGCCUGCCGAGCCGCAACGGCAUGGCUGUCAGCAGGGACGACCUCACCCUCAGGCUCCCGCCUGAGAUCAUCGAGCGCAUCUCCGAGUUUAUCAUGGACGACUCGUGGGCUCAUCACUACAUCACUCGCAAGCGCAAGCCUGCCGCGACGACGCGCGCCUCUCGACAGGCCGGCGGAUCCCGUGGUACCGCCGCUCGGAGCAGGACGACGACGGCAACGACGGCGACGGAAGCGGCAGCACGCCGAGCUCGACGCGCCGCAGCGCAGACACAGGUGCAGGCGCAGGGAUCGAGCGCUGGUGGUGCACAGGGACGUCGCAGCACAGCCGAUGGCAACGCCUCCGCUUCCCGACCGCGCAGUGCGCGCCCCUCCGGCACUUCGGAGCGCGGCGCCAUUGGACCCAACCGCGGAGAGACGGAGCAGGAGCCCGCGGCCGGCGCCACGGCCUCGACUGGAGCCUCCCGCAGCCGCACCUCUUACUCACCUGCGUCCGGCGAUCGCGGUCAGGUGGCCGAAGGCGACCGCACGCUGCUGGCCUGGAUGGCCACCUGCAAGCGCCUCUACUUCUUUAGCUAUCCCGCGCGCGUCUGGCGCUACCUCGUCAUCAGCCGCGAGUCGAAGCUGUCAUUCGUAUGGCCUCCGGCACCCAGUCGUUGGAAGUUCGAAGGGUACGCCGACGAUGAGCUCGAGUACGUCUCCCGCUCCUGCGGCCAUGGGCUCUACCUGCAGGUCAAGCAGCCGGCCACGACGUCGACCGCCGCGCCGACGGCUGCAUCAGGCACGGUGUCGGCAGCUCAGCCGGCCGCCGGCCAAGCGACGGCCACCCAGGGACAGACGCAGGCGCAGGCGCAGGCGCAGACGCAGACGCCAUCGGCGACGUUUGAGAUCCACACGGCAAACGACCUCGGCGGCGCCAGCUGCCGCUGCGCCGAAUGCGAGGAGGAGCUGGCCAAGGCCAUCCCCAAGGAGGAGGCUCUCGCCAAGGUGUCGCCGGAAAAGGUGUAUCGCGGCUUGUCCAAGCUGCACGGCCUGCAGAACCGCGAGAGGAUCUGCAACGCCGUCUACCGCCGUGACGCCGACUUGGCGGACCAAUACUGGCAGCGUUUCCUUUCCGACGGCGUCUUGGGUCCAGUCGGGCUCCCCAGGAUCGACGAGUGGCUGGCCACGGGAGGCUUGGCCCAGCUGGUGGCGCAGCGGGCAUCUCAGCAAGAGCAGCAGCAGCAGCAGCAGCAGCAGCCGCCUGAGCAACAGGCUCGACCGCAGCGCCCUGAGCAGCAAAGGGGACGGCAGCCAGGGCAGGGCCAGCAGCAGCCGGCAAACCGCCAGCCCGACGAUGAAGAGGUCGGCUCCGCGCCUCCAUGCCAGGUGCAGUGA